AUGGUUAAAUUCAACAAGCGUGGCACCAAGCUGCGCCGAGCCAGUCGUAACCUGCCUCGUGUUACGCCGGAUCACCUCACCUUCCUUGACGAGUCGCCUGACUACUGCCGCCAUCCGUACAGGCCCGGGAGCCCUGGAACUACAGGUCGUAAAUGUCUGCUGGAGGGUAGCCCUGGUGGGGGUCAUUGCUCUCAGUUGUGCUGCGGCAGAGGGUAUAAAAAUGUUACAGAAGUGGUGGAGGAGAAGUGCAAUUGCCGGUUCCAUUGGUGCUGCCAGGUGGAGUGCGAGACCUGCGCCAGGCGUGAACUGGGGCACGUCUGCAACUGA